AUGUCACCUACGAUCGCAAAGAAACAUACGCCGUUCUGGAUCCCGGUAUGGCUUCAGCAGACGCGGCUAUGCCAUCCAGACGGCCAACCAACUUACGCAUUGCGGAUUCUCUUUUAUGUUCAAACUGGUUCUUGGGCUCUCUUAUUCUUUGCUAUAGCUGUGUGCCUCUGCUUCUGGUUCUUUAGAGCCUGGCCCCUUAUUGAUCGCAAAUACUGCCCCAAAAUCAUCGAAUGCAGCGACCCUUGUGUUAUUGAAGCCGAUCCCGACAUAGCAGGAAUUGGGGUAAAUCACUCUCUCCUUGAAACUCUGAAGAGACUUCUGACGCCACGUACCUUUAACAUAGAUGCGCAUUGCAGCGUAUACGCAAACGAUAUGCAACAUCUCCAUCUUCGGUCUGUCUUCGAACCCAGACCGGACCAGCUCUACAUAUGGGACCCUCGUCAUCACGUCCUUGGCCGUGGUCGUCACGGCCGCGAUAUUUCUCUGGCAAGGCGCGCUGAGCCUUCAUCAUGCGACUAUUGCUCUGCAGCUGCUCACUAUCACGCUCUUGCCGAUGCACAUUCUAGAGUCCUGGAUGGUCAAAUCGCCUGGUAUAUUCAUAGCGCAGCAAGUACGGCUGAUCUUGUGCACCUUCAGCAUUCCGGUCCAUGUUGUCAACCCGCUCAACCGAUCUUUAAGGCUGGCCGUGUUUUCGCUCACCAUAUUUCUAUGGCUCAGGAUGCAAGCAUGGGUGUAUGGGCCAUCUCAUCUUUUUGCCUCUUUGAAGACCCCGUUUUCCCAACCAUGCCACAGGGCUUGGACACGUUACAGAACUUCGACGCGUUCGAGCAAAGCUUGGCAAGAAGAGGCUCUGGUCCCUGA